AUGGCGUGUAAAGCAUCGUUUGAACUUCAUCACCACUUUCCAAAACUAGCUGAAGAAGCUGGAUUUACUUUCAACACACAUCGUCCCAGAAUUCAUAUAGACUGGAAUAAAAUCAGACUGAUAGAUAUAGAUAGUUUGGUAAAAGAAAGAAAAUUCUAUGUCAUCGAACAACAUCUAAAUGACAUAUUAGACUGUGUGUUCGAGUCUGAAUUCGAUGUUCGUAUUCUUGACGAAGGAGUCAUGAAAAUUUUUAGAUUGGCACAACUAGCUGUGGAAUACCAACAAUUCUGCCGCCAUUAUUUAGACCGUAGUGUGUAUGUAUUACGAGAUGAAGUAACGUCACUAGCUCAGGAACUUAAUGCUUGUAAAAAAGAUUUACGAGAAAAAGAUGAUGAAUUGCGAAGAUUAAGGAAAAGAAUCCGCCAUCCGAUGAAAACAACUUUACCUUAUGGCAAUGACAACAUAGCAACCAUGAUUUUAAAAACUCUUUCGCAAAAAGGUGAUAUCUUUCCAUUGCCAACAAAUGAUAUAAUGCAGUACAACAAGUGUCAUUAUUGUGAUAAAGUAUUUCUAAAUCAACUCUAUUUAAAAAGUCACAUAUCUAGACGCCAUGGCAAUGUUAUAGAAUCUCCUCAAAAAGAUAUUCACCAAAACAGUUUAAAUAAUGAAAAUACAAAAUUAAGUGCCGAAGUUACGGAACUUAAAAAUAAAAUUAAAGAAAUGGAAAUCGUUAUCGCCAAUACUACCAACCAAGUAAAUAAUCACCUUAGUGUCGCCGAAACAAAAAUUGCAACUAUAUCUGUUAGUGAAAGUGUAAAUAAAAAUAAUAACAUCAAUGAAAUAAAAAAAGAAAUGAAAGACGCUGAAGUAUCAACCAGCAAUGAAGAAUACUUAAUAAACAAAAUAGAAGAAUGGAAAAAAGAGGAAUACGCAAAUUAUAAUAAAGAAAUGAAUAAGUUACGAAGUCAAAUAAUGGAAACUAUUAGUACUAUCAAAGAUAAUGAUAGCGAUGAAAUAUUAGCUUUAACGAAACAAUUGAAUGAUUCCAGAAUGAGAGCUGAAAAAGAAAAUACGAAUAGAAACAAAGAAUAUGAAGCUCAAGUUUCAUUUUGGUCUAAUCGCGCCGAAGAUCAGUCUAAGCAAUAUGAAUUAUUGCUUCAGAAAUUGAACGAUGUCGCUAAUGAUGCCAAAGAAUCUCGUAAUCUUGCUGAAACCGAGAAAGAAAGGGCAGAGCAAUUGAAAGCCUUAUUGCAACAGAGUCUGGACUCUAAAAGACAUGAACAUGUUGAAAGUAAUGAUGAUGUAGUGCCUCUUGAAAAAAUAACCCAUAACUCCAAUGUCAGAAUAAAAGCACUGAAACUCUCAAAAAAUAUCAAAGGUAAUCAAUUAGAGAAAGAGCGUGACAGUCUAGAAAAACUUCAUCAAAAAGCACAGGAAUUGCUUAAUAUUGCUUCUGUUACAUCAAGUUCUUCAGAUACUUCCAGUAUUGAUCAUUUAAAGCCAAUACAAAGAAAGGAUUUGAGCCCAGAAGAUAUUACCACACGGUUCGGAAAAGCUAGUAAAGUGUUAAAUAGUGAUAUUGUUAAUAAGUCUAAAAUAAGUGAGAAUAAACCACAAAAACCUCCGAACACAUUUCCUAACAAGGCUUCUAAUUCAGUAAUUAAAAAUGGACCAAAAUAUAAAGGCAAAUCAAAGACUAAACAAUCAAUGAAAUCAUUGAAGAGAAACGGUCCUAAUGUUUUGCCUGGCAGCCCAGUGAAAAUAGUCAGAGCAAAAAUAACGGAAGAAGUAAACAAUCGUUUAGUGUCUGCGGGUGUAGACAUACAGAAAUCGAGACUGCCUCAAAAUAUAUUCCAAAAACAACGCAUGCAACUUCAUCAACUGCAAGAACUUAAAUCGAAGAAAAAUCCUAAUCACGAUAAAGUGAGACAUCAAAUUUUGACAUUUCUGGAUUCAAGUACAAUGGGUUUUAAAAAAGAAGCUACUCAAGUCCCCGAUUACAUAUCUCCUACAAAAGUCACCAAAUCUUUAAAAAACUUAUCAUCUGUUAUAUCUAACGUCAAAUCGAAGGCAUUGUCCUUUGUAAAAUUAAGUGAUUCGCAAGUGAAAGACAAGCACAAAUCACAAAAUGCUGAGGUCGCAAAACGCGCUUUGUCUUUACUAAAGACCCCUCCUGGAUCAGCAUCAUCUAGCCCUGUUACCACAAAACGUAGUCCAAUAAAGGCAUAUAAUAUUUCACAAAAUUUGCCCAGAGAUACCAACGAAACUGUUAAAAUAAAUCAUAAAUCCAAAAAUAUGUCGAUGGAAGAGAAAAAAACGCCCAGUCCGUUCAACGCCCUACAAACAUCCAUAUCAUCUAGUGGUUCUGAAGAACUUUCGGAGGGAACUGAUCGGAAGAACUAUAAUACAACAAGUGUACAACAAUCAUCUAAAUCAAUUGAAACUCUUAUUAAGUCUCCAGCUCGAAGGCCUUCGUCUGCCGGGGUAGAAUAUAAUCAGACUGUUCAGAAAUUUACUAUCAGCAACGAAAACUUGUUACGUACACAAUCAGCAACAAAUUUACUCCCACAUAUUAAUAAUUUAAAUAAUCUACCUAAAGCACCACCAAAGCCAGUGGUAAAACCAAAAGAAAAUGAUAAUAGCAGCGACGAUGUAGAGUCGUUUUCGGAUGUUCUAGAGAAAAACGCUUUUUUGAAUGACAAUGUUGAAAAUACCGCCAAACAAACAAAAAGUGUUUUAAAAAAUGCUUCUUCAACGUCUUCCCUAAACAAAAAGAAAGUAUUCUUCGAUAUGGACGCUAUACAAAUGAAAUCGGUCAGUGCUUCCCCAUCGCAAAGCCUAACAGAAAAAAGUGACGGUAACGAAAAAUACGAAUUAGGCAUUGUCAACCUUGACGGUGAAGAGUGGGACAUAUCCAGCAUAGAAAAUGAACCUCUGAAGAACGAUACAAAAAUUCAAAAUGUUACUCGUACCAGCCCAAAGAUUGCUGAAUUAAAGAAAAAAAUUGAAUCACAGUUGGCGCGGCGUAAUGAGACCCAGACGGCUCCGGUUGGUCGAGUGGAUGUACUAACGGGGAACUUGAUAAAAAUCGCCAGUACUGGUGGUGGCAGUAAUACAAGUCUUGGCAGUUCCAUUUUAGAUGAUUCUGAGAGUAUAAUUGGAAAUCAUAAAACUGUUGUAAAACCCAGAAGGGUCACAACAAAAGAUGAUAGUGAUGUAGAAAUUUCAGAGUUCAGUAUAGAUCAUAUAAUCAAUAAAAAUGAAUCCUUUUAA